AUGAUUGAUCUCCAGCUGCUGCAGGUGGAAAAGGGAGGCAACCCGGAGAUUGUGCGCGAGUCGCAGCGCAAGCGUGGUGCGUCGGUCGAGCUUGUCGAUGAGGUGCUCUCGGAGUACAAGCACUGGACGACGCUCGAGUUCCAGCUGAACAACAUGCAGCAGGAAGUGAAUGCGACGCAGAAGGCGAUCACGGCGAAGAAGAAGGCGAAGGAGAGCGCUGAUGAGGAGCUGGCAAAGAAGAAGGAGAUGGAUGCCAAGAUUGCCGAGUUCAAGCCGCAGGUGGCCGAGGCGGAGCGUGCGAUGCGUGCGAAGGCGGCGACCAUUGGCAACUUGGUGGGCGACCAAGUGCCUGUGUCGCAGACUGAGGACGACAACCUGACGGUGCGUACAUGGCACCCGGAUGGUCCGAAUGCCACGGUGGAGAAGAAGGAGGGUAUCCUGUCGCACCACGAAGUCAUGUAUCGUCUGGAGCUCUUCGAUACGGAGCGCGGCGCGAAGAUUGCAGGUCACCGUGGCUUUUACCUGACGGGCGACGGUGUGGAUCUGAACCAGGCGCUGAUCAACUACGGUCUUGACUUUUUGCGUAAGAAGAGCUACAAGAAGGUCAUGACGCCGUUCAUGAUGCGCAAGGAGCACAUGGCCAAGACCGCCCAGCUUGAGCAGUUCGAUGAGGAGCUGUACAAGGUGGUGGGUGAUGAAGACGAGAAGUACCUGAUUGCUACGUCUGAGCAGCCCAUUUCGGCGUUCCACUCGAACGAGUGGUUCGAGAAGCCGGCUGAGCAGCUUCCGAUUAAGUACGCGGGUUAUUCGACGUGUUUCCGUAAGGAGGCUGGCUCGCACGGUAAGGAUACGUGGGGCAUUUUCCGUGUGCACCAGUUUGAGAAGGUCGAGCAGUUCUGCAUCACGGACCCUGCGAGCUCGUGGGAGAUGCUGGAUCACAUGGUUGCCAACUCGGAAGAGUUUUACCAGAGCCUGCAGAUUCCCUACCGCGUCGUGGCGAUUGUGUCGGGCGCGCUGAACAAUGCGGCGGCGAUGAAGUACGAUUUGGAGGCGUGGUUCCCCUUCCAGGGCGAGCACAAGGAGUUGGUGUCGUGCUCGAACUGCACGGACUACCAGAGCCGCCGCUUGGAGGUGCGCUGCGGUAUCAAGAAGCAGGGCGACACGAAGAAGCAGUACUGCCACAUGUUGAACGGUACACUCUGUGCCUCCGAGCGUGCGCUCUGCUGCAUUGUGGAGAACUGGCAGACGCCCGAGGGUCUUCGUAUCCCCCCGGUGCUGCAGCCGUACAUGCAGGGCCGCGACUUUUUGCCGUUUACUAGGGUACGUCCUAUAUGCUUUACCAUCUAA